AAAGAAAAGAAGAGAAACAGCUCGGCGCACUCGACAGCAGCCAAUCAGCAGUCUGGUUUCUCUUCAGCAUCUCAGAGGGACUGAACCAUCGGGUAGUCUUGAUCCCAGGCAACAGGGAGGGAAGAUAGUUGAAGGCUCCUUGUCGCUUAAUUAUGAUUUUGUGAAAUCCGCGAGGAGCUGGAGGAUUACGUCACCAGCACAAAGAGAAAAGAAAAGUUGGCUAAUCAAGACACUGCACAGAGGGAACCAAAUUCCUGCACAAACAUGGCAGACCAGAAAGACAACAUAGAUGAUUUUAAAGUCCAGACAGCUAAGCACCCCAAUAUGACUUCGGCCCCAUUACGGCCGCAUAGUGAACACUCUAAAGAUCGGGCGUCCAAGAGGCUUUCGACCGAGUCCAAUGGGACUAGCGACGGUGGUGUCGGGUCAUCUACACCGGUGGAGAUUACUGCUUUGGAAGAAUCAUUUCGACGCUUCGCCAUCCACGGCGACACUCGUGCUACCGGCAAGGAGAUGCACGGCAAGAACUGGUCCAAGCUCUGCAAGGACUGCGGCGUGAUCGACGGCAAGAACAUCACCCUCACUGACGUGGACAUCGUCUUCAGCAAAGUCAAGAAGAAAUCCUGUCGCACCAUCACAUUCGAUGAGUUCAAGGCUGCGCUUGGAGAGCUGGCCAGGAAGAAGUAUAAAGACAAGACUGGAGAGGAGGCUGAGGCAGAGGUGUUCCAGCUGAUCGAGGGGAAGUCACCAGUCAUUUCAGGAGUCACAAAAGCCGUCGCUUCCCCAACAGUCAGUCGUCUUACGGACACCACCAAGUUUACAGGGUCGCACAAGGAGCGAUUUGACGAAACCGGCCGCGGGAAGGGUAAGGCGGGACGAGUAGACAUAGUUGACACUUCUGGAUACGUUUCGGGAUACAAGCAUCAAGGGUCGUAUGAAAAGAAGGUGACCAAACCCACUGCGGGCAGACCCGUGUGAGGGCGAAGACAAGGAAAUAAACAUUUGAUCAACUACUAGGAUGAUUUUCUAUUAAAACGAUUACUCAUAGAAAGCACAAAAGCAUAGGAUUUCAUAUAUUUUCCCCAUCCAUCUAUUUUAUGUGUGCGUGUUUGUGUGUGUGUGUGUGAGAGCGAGCAAGAGAGAGAGAUGUUUUUGAGUUCCUCUCUUCGUGAAGUGUGAGAACUGGAAAACUGUUUACAUCUAUUUUUACAAAUUCAUCACCAGCUGGUACAUUCCUGUCUGAUAGCAAGUUACUGCCAAACACUGAAGAGCACAAAUGAGAGAAACUGCUUUGCUAUGACUAUUUAGGCUUUGUUGUUAUGAUAGCGCCUUGUAUUUAUUGAGCACAAUGAGCAACAUGCCAAGAAAAACAAAAGUGGGACAACAGUUUGGUGAAUUAACAUUUGCACUUUUUAAUAGAAACAUUUGUUCCCAUGUUUAGCUGAUUACACGGUUUAGCUUGUUUUGCCAUUUCAAAGAUAAUUGGCACGUUUUUGACAGAGAUCAUUGAUUUUUCUCUUUCGAAACCUUAAAUUCAUUCAGAUUUCAGCGUUGUCUGUCUGCCAUCUGCACUCAGUAACUGUUUCGUCUUGAUGAAAUCUGCUGUUUGUUAUUUUAUGAGCUCACACUGUCUUUUCAGUAAUCUGCCUUUAGCUCGAACCAAGAAAAUAGCUUUUUGGGGAGAUUUUUUUGUGAAAGUUAGUCACUCCUCUCAGACUAAAUAUUUGUGACCUUUAUCAUACCUUCUUGCUUUUGUAAAUACAUAUAAAAACAAAACAAAAGCUCUCCCAUGCAGAAUUUAAUGGGCUUACUUUAAGCUCUUAAACAAAACCUAAAAUGACUUUCUUGUUUCCCCCCCCUUAGUUAUUAUCUAGCUUUAUCAUUCCAUAUUUUAUUAAAUUAUACACAAACUGUUUUGCUAACAUGCAUUUUAAGUAAUAAAUUGGUAAAGAGAAAGCUCUAACCACAGAUGAGAUGAGCUUAACUGUACAAGAUUGUAUUUUUAACAUUUUACUUCCUGAUCAGAUUUCUAUACAGUAGUUCUAAUAUAUUUGUGGUAAGAUUGUGUAUAUUUUAAAAAGGAUAUAGCCACAUUAAUUUAAGACACUGGCUUCAAGUUUUAUUUUCUAUUUGUAUUAUGUAUUGCUGUACUUUGUGCAUGUUAUGUAUAUUGCAUUUGAUUCAGAAGCAUAUAGAUGACGGUAGGAGUCUGUCAUAUCAUAUUGGAACUGCUGUGCCUGCUGUAAGAAGAGACUACUGGGUGGACUUCAACAUUGUGUUGUUAAAAAACAAAAUUAGGUAAUGAAAAUGUGAGAUGACAAAAUCUUGUAUUGCUUGAAAUCAAUAUGUAUGAACCUGUACGUGUACAAAGUCAGCUAAUGCUCUAAUAUUUGUUGAUAAAACUCUUCUAAUGUGUACCAUCGUCCAAGGCACAGAUUUAAUAGAAGAAAAAACAAACGCAGGGGUUUUAAUGUUUCCUUACACACUGUAUCAGAAAAAGGGAAAAUUGCAAACGAGUAUUAUACUUUUGUAGAAUAUUUUUCCAGCAGAAUGACAGUUUCAUGUCACACACUACCUGUAGCCUCGGCUGAUGAAGACUCAUGCAUCAAGUGCAAAACUAGCAGCUAUCAGUGUGUUUUUGUAGCCUGAGUAUGAUCCGUUUUCUGUGCUUAAUGCCAAAUACUGUGCACCUUUUAAUGUGGAGAAACAAUAUUGUCUUUUUUUUUCCUUCAAAUAACUUGUAAUGUACUAUUAUGCCCCAGUGCAUGCAGUGUGUUUUCUGUUUGUUUUUUUGUUCUUGUUCUUUAGAUCUCUUAAAGUGUGUUCAUGAUUUGUAGUGCAUUAUUGAAAAAUAAAAAAAAAGAAGAAAACAUGCACACACACCCCGGAACCUCUGCAGAGUAGGUUAUGGGGUGUCUGUUAAAACUGUA